UCAAGAUGGCGACUAUCGAAUGGGUAGCAAAUAGUUGGCACCCAUUGCAAAUUUUCACCCAAGUCGACCCAAACUGGGCUUAAUAUUUUCUCGUUCGUGACAUUCAGGUAAAGUGUCAAUUUCUUUAUCAACUUCAAGUAUUUGAAACGAAAUAACGUGGUUUGUUUCUCCAUAAACGAACCAGGAGUGUGACGUUUCGAGAGUUCUCGAACAGAAUCAAAAAUGGCCGACCGCACAGCUGUUGUUGAACACAAAUCGACCAAGCGUUUUGGUUUUAAUAACAAACAUGUCUGAAAACGAAAAAGGUUUCAGGCUGAAGUGAUGCCAAACUACCAACAAGGCAGUCUGUAGAUAAACUCUUCCCGGUCAGCCGAAGCCAUGGAGGAGAGACACACUCAGAUUCUGAAGUUCCACCGGGCCAAGUUUGUGCAGUCGGUUGAGGUCGAGCGGUUGUACCCAAUGCUUCAGCCCAGCGUGCUGAGCCAGGCAGACGUGGGGGAGAUCGAGCAGCAACCCGGCCCGCAGGCUAAGGUUCAGAAGCUGCUGGACCUACUGCCCAGCCGGGGGAGCCAAGCCUUUCAGAUGCUGUGUCUUGCCUUGGAGACUACCUAUCCACAUCUGCUGACUGUCAUGUUUCUGGGCAGUGAUUCUGUGUCUGUUUCUGCAGUUGGGAAAGGUUUGUACAUGUAUUUUGUUAUUGUCUGGCACGAGCAGGACUCCAUGUUGAUUCGGCUCCAGUUUCGUUGGAGAAAACUCCUGACCCGUAUCAGCGGGAGUGCCUCAAAUAUAGCCGGAUCUUAG